AAUGCUAGUUUACUUAUAAUAAUAUACAUUUAGAAUAAGAGCGACAAGACGACGCUUUUAUUUGUUAUAAUAACGGUUAAUGAUUUAUGUUUUAACUGUGUCUUAGUGUUAUACACAACUAUAAUUUAAAAAAAAAAAACUUAUAGUGGACGAAAUUUUAUGCAUUUCCCAUUUUUUUAUUUCACUUGAUAUAUUUAAAAUGCAGGCUAGCAACGAUUCACUAUCAGUUCUUACACCAAAUAUAAGUGGAUCGCCAGCUGUUUUAUUAACUCCUGGACGUACAAGAAACAUCGCUCAAGAUAUGGAAGCGUUAAGGCUUUCUAGACAAGACAAUCCAUAUUUACAGCAAGUUAUGGCUAGCAGAGAGAGUUUAAUUGAAAGCCAUGCGGAAGAAUGUGAAUCAGACGAUACAAUACUAAUGUCACAGGAGUUUGGCAGUGCAGCUUUAGAUUUCGUCGAAGAUGAUCCCAUGACCCUUAAGGAGGUCCACGAACACUUAAUACGAUCACCACCACCGACAAGUUGUUGGCCACACGACUCACUGUCGUACCGCGCAUCCAGUGCGUUCGACUUCGCAGACACACCCGUCUCGUAUAGUGCUUACUCGGUCAAUUCCCAGGAAAAGGAGUUGUUACCGUCACGUUCUCCACGCCGCGGUACCAGGAGUGAAGAAUCGAAGAACAAUAACACACCGAGUCGACCUCGGUCUUCUAGAUCGGUUUCUCCUAGGUCACAUGACCUGACCUUGUGUGGCCGUCCUUUGUCAUUACCGGGUGAAAGUCAUCUCCGUACUGCACUCAGUAAAAAACCAAAUGCGCCACAGACGGACAGGUUUUCCAUAUUACAACAUCCAAGACCUCUGCGACGGCCCCACACUAACCGCCGAGACGAGGACAGCGUUAAAUUAGUCCAAGAUUGCGACAAGGCGGUUCCUCACCGGCAUUAGUGAUUACACCGCUUCAUCCAACAACUGACUCGACUGCAGGCGAAUGCUCAAAAUCAAAUUUUAGAUUAUUACAGCAAGUGCUGCCGGUGAGGGACCUGGGUUUUCCUGUGAUUAUUAUUUAUAAUACGUAUACUUAAAUGUUUGAAAGAUUUUAAUAUUAUGGAUUUGUUUAUUAAUUUGUUGUAAUAAAAAAAAAACUUUUGUGUUAUUUGUUAAAGAUAAAAAUCGGAUAAAUAUUUUUAUUUAAAAUAUAAUAUAUAUUCUUUUACAUUUUCCCUUAAUUUAAUAAGGUUGAAUAUAUAGUUUACUUCGUACAUUAUGUAUAAUUGUUUCUUUACAAACGUUCAAUAUUCGUGCUAAUAGUGAUAAGGCUAAAAGAUUAUUCCGUUUUGUAAAUUAAAUAUGUAUAAGGUAGUUUUAAAACUUACUUAUAUAUUACAUAAAGAGACCAUUAAAUAUGUAUAAUAUUUAAAAAAAAAAUCUUACAUUAUAUAAAUAAUAAUAGGUGUUGCCAUUUAUUUUAAUUUUAUAAAUUUUGUUUUUACGCACAUCUAAACAUUCCAAAGUAAUUACAAAUUUACCCUAAUAGUAGUUAUAUUUGUCAUUUUUUUGUGAAUUAUUGAGUAACUUCAAUUUAUUAAGGUGUUUCUGAGUUGUAAUUAUGGGAAUAUUUUGAAGUAAAACUUCUUUGGACGCGAUUAGUAAAUUUUCAUGUUCGACGAUUGCAACGUUUUCGUAAGUGUCGUAUUGACGUAAUAAAGGUUUCAGUGUUCACGUGUACUGAGUUGCACGCGCUUUAUUUUAUUUUUUUAAAUUAAACUAUAGUUAAAGACCACAGACAACCUAUAGGGUGAUCACGCGAGCUUACAUGCGCAGAGACGCUGAGAAUGUUGUGUUGUUUUAUCUUUAUAAAUGUUAAGUUGAUUUAAAUACUCAUUAGCGUUAAGAAAGUCGGUGUAGGAUAUUCGUAGAUUAAAAAUGGAAGCACAAAUAUAUUGUAGUUGACACUAAAAUUUAAAAAAAGGACCGUGGAUUUAUAAUGCAUUAUAUUUUGAAUGAGUUUUUGAUAAGUUUAGUCCAAUUUGUUAAUUAAAAAUAAUGACGAUUUUAAUAAUAACCAAAUAAAAUAAAAAUUAAAUUCUAAAAUUAUGUAGUUUUUCCA